UCCCUCCCAGGCCACAAUGAAUGUGGUUCUCUCCAGAAAGAGCCAGGUACGGAUGAUGGAGGACACGGUGCGGCAGGCAGAGACGUACUUCGGACACUUCUGCUCCCUGAUGGCUGCCUACACCCGCAAGACGGCGCGGCUGCGGGACAAGGCGGACCAGCUGGUCCGGCGACUCCUGGACUUUGCCAACACUGAGAAUCCGGAGCUGCGGGCGACCGUGAAGAGCUUUGCCGAGGACCUGGCGAAGGUUCAGGAUUAUCGGCAGGCAGAGGUGGAAAGGCUGGAGACCAAGGUUGUGAACCCCCUGAAACUUUAUGGAGUGCAAAUAAAGCAGACUCAGGCUGAGAUCAAGAGAUUCAAACGCGCCCAGAACAAUGAGAUCAAGCAACUGGAGAAGCUGGAGAAACUGAGGCAGAAGUCGCCUGCUGACCGUCAAAUGAUUUCCCAGGUGGAGAGCAGCGUGCAGAGAGCAUCAGUGGCCGCCAGCCGCAGCACCCAGCAGCUGGAGGAGACAGUAGGUUCCUUUCAGAGGCAGAAGCUGAACGACCUGCAGAAGAUCUUCUCCGACUUUGUAACCAUUGAGAUGGUGUUUCAUGCCAAGGCCCUGGAGGUCUACACAGGCGCCUUCCAGGUGUUGGACAACUAUGACCUGGAGCGGGACCUGGAGGAUUUUCGAGCCAAGACACAGGGAUCUUCUGGGCAUUACAAUGCCGCCCGGCCGACUCCGGAGUCCACCCUGACCCCAUCGGCCACAGUGACCUCCCCGGUUGCCCCCUGGUUCCUGGUAAAACAGGGUGACCUGAGUACUGCACAGAGCCUCAGGAAGGAUGAGGAAGAGAGUGAGGACUUGGAAGAGGAGGACCCAGUGCAUGACCUGCGGCCACUAGGGCAAGGAGGUGGUGAGCAGAGUGGCCCCCCACGACCAAACCCAUCCCUGCUGAUGUCAGCACUGGGACUGCCUGUGUCCUGCACUUGGGAGCUGCAGGUAGACCCACAAGCUGGCUGCCCCUCAACUCUCCAUGGAAACAGGCCACCGAAGGGCAGCUAG